CUCACUUUGAGGGAAAUGAGAAAGAGACAUGCACAGGAGCGAGAAUAGAGGAAGCAGGGAGUUUCAACCUGAGGACACCUUAAUAGAGGAUUCUGGUGAGUUUACAUCUUGCUUGGCCCAGGCGAACCUCGGUGGGCAGAAAAAGGACCCCUCGGUAGGCUGUGCUGUGGAUGUUCCAGGUCUGUCUUAUCGGAAUGAAGAUAUAAUGGCAGAGAGUUGGAGGCAACACAGGAAACAUGUGUUUGUGUUGAGUGAGGCAGGUAAACCUAUCUACUCGCGCUAUGGCAAUGAGGAGGCCCUCUCUUCCACCAUGGGGGUUAUGAUGGCGCUGGUCUCCUUCGUCCAGGCUGGAGGAAACACAAUUCAAUCUAUUUUUUCAGAUGAACGCACAGUGGUAUUUUUGCAGAAGGGGCCGCUGGUGUUUGUAUCCGUUUCUGCCACUCGCCAGUCUGAGCAGCAGCUCCGCAGCGAGCUCCUCCAUGUUUAUCAUCAGAUAGUCAGCAUGCUCACGCAGGCCAGCAUAAAUCGCAUCUUUGAGCACCGGAAGAACUAUGACCUACGGCGUCUGCUGUUUGGCUCGGAGAAGGUUCUGGACAGCCUUCUCGAUGUCAUGGAUUCUGAUCCCAGCUUCAUGCUGUCGGCAGUCCAGUGCCUGCCUCUGCCAUCCUCUUCCAGAGACGUUCUCAGUCACAUCCUACAGAAAGCCGUCACCCCAAAUCUGGUCUUCUCCUUUCUCAUUGCCAAUAACCGACUUGUCUCCAUCGUUCAGGAGAAGACGGUCCUGGAGGAUGCUAGACUAAAACCCAGUGACCUUCAUCUCCUCUUCAACCUCAUCAGGGCCAUUGCUUUUCAGGCUGGAGAGAUAUGGACGCCCAUCUGCCUGCCUCUGUUCAAUCAUGACUGCUACUUUUAUGCUUAUGUGGCAUAUCUAGACCCUCCAGAAUGUACUGUAUGCCUUGUUCUUCUGUCUACAGAUAAAGAAGCUUUUUAUGCUGUGGCAGAAUGCAAAAGGAAAAUUGAAGAAGCUUUCACAUCCCAGAAUGCCUUGCAGUGUGUGGCAAACACUCAGAUGAGCUGUUUUGAUGAUAUCGGUGUAGCUAAUCUCAGGCACUUCCUGUACAAACCCUCAAGUGUGCUAGAACACCAUCGCCAACUGCCACAGUUCACAUGCCCAGAGAUGGAUGUGACAUACAGAACCCAGGAUGAGAGGAUACGUUUGCUAGAUCUGUAUCGCCACAUGCACAAUCGUAUCCACAGUACGUCACGGCCUCUUAAACUCAUCUACCAUUCUGCAGACAGAGAAACUCUGCUGGCGUGGGUCACUAGCAAGUUUGAGAUGUACGCCUGCUUUACUCCGCUUGUCACUAAGAAAUCAGCUAUCAGUGAACUCACUAAACUGCUGCGAUGGAUCAAAAAGGAAGAGGACCGUCUCUUUAUCUGUCAUCUCCCAAAAUACUCCACUACCCCACAGCCAGGCAGGAGUUCCUCAGACAAGCCGAAUACAUCAGACACUGGCCUUCUGUCUCUCUUGUAGUCUUGUGUAACCUGUUUUACUUCUAUGUUUCAUAGUAAAUUCAGUGGGUUUGUUUUGAAUAGGAGAUGUGGCUGCAUGCAUUAAAUACAUGUCUUCCUUGUUUGUGGGUUUGUAGGUGGUGUGCUUCCUUAAUGAAGUUUUGAAAUUCAUGUUAAUUUCUCAGUUAAACUUUUGAUUUGUAUUCAUUUUAUGCAAGCUCCUUUGUAAUGACAGACUGUUGUAUUAAAUUAGUACUAAAAAGUGUAUAUAUAUAUAUAUAUAUAUAUAUAUACACACUCCUCAAUGCACUGUAUGUAAUAAUAAAUGUUUUUUGAGCAGUAAAUAAGCAUGUUACAAUGAUUUUUGAAGGAUCAUGUGACAUUGAAAACUGUAAAAAGGACUGCUAAAAAUUCAGCUUUGUCAUCAGGACUAAAUUACACUUUAAAAUAGAAAACACUUUUAAUAACUUAAAUAUUUCAAUAUUUCAAUAUUUUACUACUCUGUAUUACAUUGUUUUGCUAAGAAAACAACCGUGAAACUGUGGCCCACUUUAAUAACAAUGAAUCAUGAAUAUCUGGGAGUCUAUUUAAAUAAUAAAUUGGAUUGGUGUGACCACAUUAAUUACUUGUACAAAAAGGGCCAGAGUCGUAUUCACUUGUUGAGACAGUUGAGAUCUUUUGGGGUUUGUCGAAUUCUGUUAAGGACUUUUUAUGAUACUGUAGUAGCUUCUAUUAUUUUUUAUGCUGUGGUUUGCUGGGGUGGGGGGGAUUUCUGUGAGGGAUAAAAACAGACUUGACAAACUGAUUAGGAAGUCAAGCUCAGUUAUAGGGUGCUCUUUGCGCUCAGUUGAUGAAAUUGUGCAAGCAAGGAUGGUAGGUGUCAUGAUCACCGUCUGUUCUUGGACUCUAAUUCCCAUAAUCCUCCCUACCAGUCACAUGCACACAUUCCACACCAAUCACCAAUUGCCACACACACCUGUAGAUCAUCACCUGGACUAUAAAAGACACACACACACACACACCCCACCUCAUGGCAAAGUCUUGUUUACCUUGUGUGCAAUUCUGAGUGUUCAUAUCCUGUCUGCCUGUCUAUUGUUACCGUUCCUGCCUGUUACCCGUUAUCGACCCAUUGCUGCCUGUCCUGACCCUUGCCUUGUCUGCUGUUCUGUGUAUGAUAUCUGCCUGUCCUGAUCCUUGCCUGUAUCCUGACCACGAUUCUGCCUGUCCCCUGCUAUUCCUGUUUGCUCCUGUUUGACCCUGCCUGUACGACCAAGCUCACCUUUAAUAAAAGCUUGCAAUUGGAUCCCUGCCUGAGUCCCGCUUCGUUACAGUAGGGAAAUUGUCUUCCAUCAUGAAGUGUAUAUCUCACCCCCUCCAUGAUACAGUGCAUAUUAUUUUACAUAAUGUAUCUAUUGUAUUUAUUGUAGUAUGUUGUGCUGCUGUGACAACUGAAUUUCUCCUUUGGGGAUUAAUAAAGUCAAUCAAUCAAUCAAUAAAAAGCUGAAUUAUAUUCAAAAUCAGCAUGGAUUUUCAUGCAUGCCACUUUAAAUCAUAUUGGAGACGUAUUUACUGGUAACUGCUUUUAAAAGUUGUUAACUGCGCAUGUGACACUCAGAUGUUACUCAUGUUUAUUCUACAGAUACAGUAUAAAGUUCAUUGACUUACAAA